AUGGGUUUUAUGGAGGACAUCAAGCACCGUUAUGGUAUGGAUAUUUUAAGAAACUUCAAACAAUGGGCAAAUCAGGUGAACAAGCGAGCAAGUCUGGAAAAUCACAGAAAGUUUCUUUUACGUUGUAGAAAACAAAGAAUUUUACCAUCUCAUAUCACACGUUACUCUAAAUGCAUUUCUGGUUUGAUUCUGUCUAACAGUCCUUUCGCCAACCAUUGUUACAGCGCACUAACUCAAUUUCAAUUUCGAGUACUAAAUAUUGAGAUAUGUUUUUAUCAUUGGAAACUAAGACAGAUCAAGCAUAAUAUUGAAAUCAUAAAGUCAAAACUCAGAAAUGAAAUAGCUGAAGAUAUAUUGUUUUCUUUCUCUGUUAGACAAAAUAAAUUUUACAAUUUCAAAUUCCACCAAAUAAGAAGUAAGCAAAUGACCAAAUUCAAUAACCUAAUGAAUGUACAAGUGCCUUCCAAUCUAAAGUCCACACCUGACAAGUGGAUUAUGAAUUUUUCUGAUCUCUCCAUACCCAAUAACGUAAAGUGUUUUCUUAGCUUGGGUCAUCAGUUUAAUCUUCCUUACACCAACUCAAUACCCGUGAUGAACAUAAUUGUUGACUGUGAAAGAGUUAUUAGUAAACAUGAUUUUGAGAAUAGAGAUUUAGUCAGGGCAAGAGUUGUGAACACUAUCAUGAAUUUUUUAAAUUCGAAUCAGUAUUCAAGAUCUUACAGUCCCUCCUUGUGUCGGGAUUUGAGAGAUACUCGGGCGUUCCUCUCGAACAAUAAAGAUCAUAUAGUUGUUUUGAGAGCUGAUAAAGGGAACGUCACUGUCGUUAUGAAUAGGGAUGAAUAUUCUAAAAAGUGUACAGAACUUCUUGACGAUUCGCAAACCUAUGAAAAAUUGGAGUCUGAUCCCACUGUUCGCGUCCAAAACAAAAACAACAGAUUCGUCAAAAUUCUGCUGAACAAGGACCUAGUACCGGAACCUGUUGCGAAGAAAUUGACUUCUAACGAUGGCAUUUUUCCUAAGAUGUACUUUCUACCAAAAAUACAUAAAACAGGCAUACCGAUGAGACCCAUUUUAAGCUUUGUUGGUUCCCCUAUAUACGAGCUAUCAAAAUUCAUCGCUGAUCUAUUGAAGCCGAUAUUCAUUAAGGACGAACAUUAUGUCCGGAAUUCUUUCGACUUCUUCAAUUCAACGAAUAAGACCAGAUUGCCACCUAACUAUGUAUUACUAUCACUUGAUGUCGUUUCUCUUUACACUAACACGCCUACAGAUUUAGCACUACAAAUCAUUGAAGAAAAUUGGAAUAUGGUUUCUGACCCCUCAUUUGAUUCUGAAACCUUCAAAUUAAUAUAUAAUUUUUUGAUAACUAGCAGUUAUUUCUGUUUCAACGGACAAUUUUAUAGGCAAAUUUUUGGUUUCGGGAUGGGGAAUUGUGUUUCGCAGAUUUGCUGUGACAUUGUAAUGGUAAAACUUCAAGAUUAUUGUCUCUCUCGCUUACCUUUCAGUGUACCAAUUUUCAAACGUUAUGUCGAUGAUAUUUUCACUUCCGUUCCUGUUAACACUGAACAACUCGUGUUGGACACUUUCAACUCUUUCCACCCAAAAUUACAGUUCACUUUAGAAUUAGAAUCAAAAAGCGCUCUGAAUUUCCUUGACAUGAGAGUUGAACGCACGGAUGAUAAUGUCUUAUACGUUGAUUGGUAUCAUAAACCUACUUUUUCUGGCAGGUAUAUAGGUUUUCACUCCCAUCAUGCCAUGAUACAUAAAGUUAACAUCAUACGAAAUCUCAAGUUCAGAGCCUUGAACCUCUCUGACAAAAGGUAUCAUGAAAAAAACCUGAAAAAGAUCAGAUCCAUCUUACUUAACAACAGCUGUCCGGCGCAUCUCAUAAACAAAAUAUUAGGGGAGUCUCUCAAACCCUCUCUACCACAGAUCAUUUCAUCUGAGGGACCUUCGAAUACAAUUUUAUAG